AUGAAUAACUCCACCGCCUACCUCAAUACAUCAUCUGAGCAAACCUUUGCCUCUACAAACAGUGAAUUCACUAAUAACUCCACUUUUCCUGCCACUUGGUGUACUGCUGCUACUAACAAUACGGCUGCUCCAUACAAUCCGUCUCAGCAAGUCCAUUUCCUGGACGUCUUGGGAUCCAAUGAACUUGACAUGUCAUUAUGGCCAUUGGAAAACGGCAUUGAUCAGCCUACUCAGCAAAGGCCAGUGCAGCAGCAGCAGCAGCAACAACAGACGCAGCCCAUCAUUAAUCCGUUGGAUGAUCUCUUUGCUCCAUGGAACAAUGAUAUGGUCCAAGUGCCUCCUACUAUCAAAGAAGAAUGGCCACUCCCAGAUAACAAUAUCUUGCAAGAUGAACCUCUUUCUUACCUUCCAAUGUCAACACCUCAGUCUCAGGCGUCGCUCAACAUGCUUCCCAUCACUCCUCCAGCGAAUACACCUAACAACAAUCUUGUUUCUUUGCAAACCAACAAACAGCCCGUCAAUUUCAAAAGCUGCAAUUCAGUGUAUUCCAAUCUGCCACAGCAUCAAUUUUCUAGAGAAAUCACUCCGCCUUCAUCAGUAUCAGCUUCUGGUAGCAAUUCGCCAAAUAGCAGCGUAUCAACACCACCUUCAAUGGCUUAUUAUUUGCCUCCUCAGCAACAACAACAGCAACAGCAGCAACAAAUGUUUCCUCAGCAACUAUAUUAUGCAAACAUCAUCAACCAAAGCAAUAUAGCUCCUAUGGCAAAUACAACAACAUCGACACAUGCUCCAGCAGUACACAAGGUGCGUGGUCCAGGUCGCCGUAGAUCUGCUGAUGGCCACUCUGCGCCUACUCGUACAUACCGCCGUAGAGCUUCAUCUCAUCCUUCUGUUGCCUCUGUUGUGUCUCUUUCUGCUCAUGAGCCGGUUGCUAGAAUCAUUGAUGGUGUAGAAUACAUUACAUUUUUAUACUCUCAUGAUCGUCUGGUCAAAGAAUACACUGUACGAACUAAUGUGGAUACCGUCAAUUUAGAUGAUAUUCCUGCUGGAUUUCGAGUGCAGAAUGCUAUUUAUCCUCGAGCUAAUGUGUCCAGAGAAGAAUACGACGGUAACCGUUGGGAAUAUGAAACUAGUUGCAACAAGUUAGGCUGGGAACUCUGUUGGUUGAAUCAAGAACAACUCUGCGGUCGCCGUGGUCUAAUUCAACGUGCUGUGGACUCUUAUCGUAAUCGUCAUGCUGAAAUGAGAUCUCGUCGUGUCACACGUCAAGAAAAGGUCGCCAAUGGCACUUUAAGAAAGAGAAGAGCCAAGAAAGCUGCCUCUGCACUCUUGUAA